AUGAAGAAAACGGAGAAAUGCUGUUAGCGGAAUAUCGACAAAUGAGGAACGAUGGGAGGAGACUGGGCGAUCCAUGGGAGGGGCGGGGUUUAAAAACCACAACUUCAUUCACUUUGGAGAGAUUUUAUUGUUUUGGGGUGGCUCCGAUCUUUGAUCAGUUCAUAACAUAUCGAGCCCUGAAGAGGUAUGAUCCAAAUUCAGAGCCAUGAUCACUUGAAUCAUGGGAUUUUUCACUAGGUCCCACAACACAUCCCUUUAUAUAAACGACUCCUGUCCACGGUUUGAGCUACGUCCAGUGUGUUUCUUCCUGAAUGAGCUAACAAGGAGGAAAGGUCCCGACAGCUUCGAGUUUCCAACUCCAACCUCCAGCAAAACAAAAUAAACGAUAACCUUACUCAGCAACUCACCCUAAACAUUUCCUCACGGUACCAAGCAGGUGGAUGACUACAGAGAACUAGCCUGUGAUUAAACCAGGGAGGUGGUUGGGUCUUGGAGAUGGAUGGCUGGGGAAGGGCGGAGAGAAGCAUCUCCUCCUUUGUUCUCAGGGCAAACUUGUAGUUUUUUUUUUUUUCCCCCACUAAGGCACUUGGGGUUAAGUGACUUGCCAGCUAGGAAGUGUUAAGUGUCUGUGGCUGAAUUUGAACUCAGGUCCUCCUGACUUCAGGCGGGUGCUCCACUGCGCCCCCUAGCCGCCCCCAAGCCCUGUAGUCUUUUGACACUGGCUGAGUGUGUGAUUUCAGAAUCUUUUCCCAAGGGAGUCAAGCUGCCCAAAUAGCUGGGCAUUUUAAAAGAUUGUCUGGCUCCUCCCGACCCAGAGUGCUCAUUAAAGGGACGGGACAGGUCUGGGGAAGUUUCCUUAUCCGCCCCUAGUCACACAGACACCCUUAAAGGGCGGAGGGAUCACCCGGCCGGACCGCGCACCGGAGUCUCUGGCUGCGCGUCCACACCAGCUUCCAGCGAGUGCCCACGAGUCGGGGGCUCGGGGCUGGAGAAGUUUAAAGAUCACUCCCCGCUCUCCCUCCUCCCAGUCCGGAGGAGUCGGCCUCUGAUUGGAUAGUCUUCUUUUCAACCGAUUCUAAUCGGCUGGUCCUGCAGGGGGAGGGAAAACAGCGGGGCUGAGUCUGGGGAGAGCCACCAGCCCCGGCCAGAGCCUUAAAACGUGGAAGUUUUUUUGUUCUUAGCGACUCUUCCUAGCGCCGGGACGGCCGCGGAGCCGGGGAGCCCACCUCCGAUUGGGCAGUGUGGACAGCGGCGGCCGCACUGGUGGCACUCGUCCAUUUGGACUUCUCCAUCUCCGAUGGGCCGCCCGGAACAGUAGGAAUGGCCAAAAGGAAGCCGGGGAGCCGAGCGAGCGAGCCCAGAGGGAGGAGCCCGUGCUGGAGGUGACACCAUGUCCUGGCUGUGCAGGGAUCCGUUGCCAAGAUUGCCCAGGAGGGGCUGCCCGGGCCCUGGGAAGCGGCCCAGCCGGGAUCGUCCAGCCCGCCGGCCGCUCUGACCGCCCCCCAGUAAAACCCCCCAGCGGAGCCUCGGGUGAAGCAUGCCAGUGUGGACUAAGCGCGCGCGGCUCUCAGGGUCCUGCUCCGGAGACUGGGGUGCCCCCCCCAGCCCACGGGGGAAAUGCUCUUUCCGAAGCCGGUCCUUGGACGGGAGCAGCCCCGGCCCGGUGUCCGAGGAUAACUAAUGCCCGGAGAUGCCCUAACGGCGCCGGAGCCCCGUUUUCCCUCCUCCCGAGCGCUGGCCAAAAUGUUCUAGACUGCAGCUCCUCCGGCCGACAUCAGAAUGUUUGGGAGUGGUCGCAGAGUGAAAAAGUGGCAGUUUGUGCAAUUGUUCGCCACCUGCUUCUUACUGAGCCUCAUGGUGUUUUGGGGACCCCUGGACAACCACAUUGUGAGCCACGUGAAGUCCUACUCGUACAGAUACCUCAUCAACAGCUACACCUUUGUGAACGACAGCCUGUCUCUGAGGCACAACCUGGAUGGGGUCGCAGGCUUCCAAUAUCUGAUCAAUCAGGAGGAGAAAUGUAGAAACCAAGACGUGCUCCUCCUGCUCUUCGUGAAGACCUCGCCCAAAAAUCGGAACCGCCGGGACGCCAUCCGCAAGACGUGGGGCAAUGACAGAUACGUCCGCUUUCAACUGAAUGCCAACAUUAAGACUCUCUUUGCCCUCGGGAGUCCGAACGACCCCGUGCAUUCUGAGAGAGAGAGGCUGCAAAAGGAGCUUUUUUUGGAAGAUGAAGAGCAUCAUGAUUUAAUUCAGCAAGACUUCGCCGAUACUUUCUACAACCUCACUCUGAAACUGCUUUUGCAGUUCCGAUGGGUCAACGCGUACUGUGCGCAUGCCAAAUUCGUGAUGUCAGCAGAUGACGACAUAUUUAUCCACAUGCCAAAUCUUAUCGAGUACCUUCGAAGUUUAGAACAAAUUGGUGUUCAGGAUUUCUGGGUAGGUCGGGUCCACAGAGGGUCCCCUCCCGUAAGGGAUAAGAGCAGCAAAUACUACGUCCCAUAUGAGAUGUACCAAUGGCCUUCUUACCCGGACUACACGGCUGGGGCAGCCUAUGUGAUAUCCAGUGAUGUAGCGGCCAAGGUCUAUGAGGCAUCGCAAACACUUAAUUCUAGUCUUUACAUAGAUGAUGUGUUCAUGGGUCUGUGUGCCAACAAAAUGAAAAUUGUACCACAGCAUCAUGUGUUUUUUUCUGGAGAAGGAAAAGCUCCCUAUCAUCCCUGCAUUUAUGAAAAAAUGAUAACAUCUCAUGGACAUUUGCAAGACCUUCAGGACCUAUGGGAGGCAGCGACAGAUUCUCAAGUCAAAACGAUUUCUAAAGGCUUUUUUGGUGACAUAUACUGUAGAGUGGUUAAAAUAAUGCUUCUUUGCAAAAUUAAAUAUGUGGACACCUAUCCUUGUAGAGCAGCAUUCUACUAAUAGUACUUGAAUAUUGUCUUAACCUUCACUGAGCCAAAUCUGAAAGAAAACCUUUCAAUGUUUAUCCAACUCCAAAGUAAAGCCUAUCAGAAUGUUUCUUUGAUUAAAAAAAAAUCCACUCUACAACUUCAAUUUUGUAGCCUAAAGCUAUAAAUUCCAACUUGGGAAAUUUUUGAAAUGAAAAGAAAAAUGAAGUCCUCACUUAAUAUACCCCAAGUAUAUUUUAAAGUCCAGAGAGUUGUUGGUUUAGCUUUUUUUUUUUUAAAUAUUAGAAUUGAAUUAACUUUAACUUGGAAAACAUCAUUUUAAGAAAUUGAAUUAGCUAACUUGGAAAAAAACACCAUUUUAAAGAAAUGUGUUACAUCUGUGUAAUGCUGAAAUGCAUUUUAAACUAGUACUUCAAGAGUAAGAAGGAAAAUGAACCUGACCAAUAUUUGUGACAGGGUUGUUGUUGAUAAGGGCCUGGUAGAUCUGGUCAUUCUUUAAAAAAAGAUUUAGAAGGAAGAAAAACAUGUCACUGAAAUUGAUGUUGGCAAAAUAAUUUUUGUUUCACAUCAAUUUAGUAACAGUCUCUAAAUAGUGUUAAGCUAAUUUAUAUUUUACUAUUUUUUCCCUCCCUAAAGCUUUAAGAGAAAGAAGCAUGUUUUAUUUUUGCUUUUGUUUUUUGGUACUGUUCUAAUCUGUACUCUUCAAAAUUUAAGCAUUUUUGAAUUUGACUAGGAAGAAACAGCAAAAAAAAAAAAAAAAAGGACCCAUUUAUUCACUAAAUUCUUCCUUUUCUAGAGUGAAAUUACAGUGUAGUCUUAAUUUUAAUAAAGUUUUAUUUAAUUGACAUAUUUUAGAUUGAUAUCUUAAAUUCUUUUUUCAAAACAAAAUUGAGAAUAGAAACUAUUAUUGAUUUAGGAAACAUGUAUUCUUUCACAGAAGAAAAGCCUUGAGCGAUUUUCAAAUAGGUUAUUUUUAAAGGAUUUUAUUGAUAUCUAAGAAAACUACUAGACAAAUUUCAAAAGGAAAGGGUAACUACAUAUGAAGUCUUUCCCAUUUUCCCAAUAUAAUUCACAUUUAAAUGAUUUAGUAUUUUUUAAAAAGAAAAAAAAAAAGGAGGUAGUAAAAGAAUCUGUUAGUGCGCAAUUAUCCUAAUCCACAAAUUCUGUAUUGGCUCUAUACUCUAUUUUAAACAGGAUACAGAUUUUGAUUUGGUUGAAUGUCACAGACUUCAGCAUUAAAAACCCUUCUUCCUAAGAUCAAAACCAUGUCCGUAGUGGACUCCACUUUUUCAGUAUUUCAAGCUUGAGAGGAAAAUGGGCUCAUGUUUUGAUAGAAAAAACUGUCCAAAUUGGGUCCCACAGAAAAUGUAAGACCAUAACUAACAGGAGGAAAGGGUAUGAUAAAUACAUCCUAAUAUAUGCCUAAUAUUGUAAUUCAAAUAGGGAUUUUAAAAAUAAACACUAAUAGAUUUCCUGCAUAAUCUAUUUCAAAGGUAGUAUAUUCAAGUCAAAAUGGUGAUUCUUCAAAAUGAAAACUAUAGUGGGGACCCAUUCUGAAUUGGUCUUUGCAUAUAUAACUGCAAAAAAAGGCCUAUUCUCAAUUAUUAAACUAUUUCACGAAGAGGAUAUGCCUUGAAAUAAGCAAACAUAAACUUCCCUUCUAUACACCUGGCUCAUUAUGUAUUCAUGCAGUUUACUGGCAGAUAAAUGUUUUGUUUUGUUUUUUUAAUUUCCUAAAGGCUUGUUUACAUUGCUCAGGCAGUAAUUUAGUUUAAUUAACCCAAUUGAAUGAAAUGAACAUAUAUAUAACAAUUAUAAAUUUCAGGUAGAUCUAACUUAGAGUAGCACUUUUUGUAUUGUUAGAUUUAAAUUUUCCUUGCCAUUUUAAAUACUGCAAAUGAUACAUAACUUGAUACAUAACUUUUAAUAAAGACGAGUUUAUACUUGAUGAUCACUUUCCACUAGUUGGUGAUUGAGACUGAUAUCCCUUUGACUUUUAGGUAUGUGCUAGAUUCAUCUGUGACUUGUAGCAAUUUAAAUUUGCCAUUGGAUAAAAAUAUCAAUGUCUCCCUGACCAUUGAAAUGCUCUUGUGUUUUUACAGCAGGUCUGUGCUUUGAAUACAGCAAGUCUGUUUAGUUAAACAAUUAUUUAUUUGCUUUAAAAGGACCCUCAUGCUUUAUUGUUCGUGGUUGUUUAUUAUUAUUAUUCUUGCUUCAAAAUAGAAAUGAAACUUGUUUGAAUUUAAAGAAAGAAUGAAGGCAUUCCUUUUUAAGAAUGGAGUUGCUAGAAACUUUCUUAGUCAUUAGUAUUUACAAAUAAAAGGAUUCCAACCUUUUAAAAAAGGAAGGAAAUAAAACCUGCUGGUGCUCCAAUGCAGGGCUGUUGUGGUGUGAAUUUUAUCAUUACUGAAAUUUUAAAAAUCAGCCUGAAUGGUCACUUGAAUAGCAGUGAGAUGAUUGCACACAGUGUUAUUGCCGAAAUUUGUUUUUACCUCUGGUUGUUUUUUGUAUCUUUUUCCUUAUUGCUGAUUUUAUACAAAAAUGUAAAAUAUUUAUAGUCCUCAAACUUUGCUCUGAUACUGCAAAAGAGAACUGAGACGUGUGGUUUUUUGUUUUGUUUUUAUUUUGAAUUUUUUUUUGGCAUUUCCAAUAAAUAAUUUGAAAAUUGAUACCAAUUCAAAA